AUGGGAGCAUCAAGCUUGGAUGCAUCUAUUGCCCCAGAGAACUUUAACAGACGGGCUGGCCUUAUUGCAAGUGCUCGGCAACGACAGGGCACUGACACUAUUCCCAUGGACACGUUUGCCGCUUACCAAGCCUUGUUUCCACCGUCCAUAUUGCACUACCCCCAAUCAAAUACUGAGGACAACUUUACUCCAGGUCCCCGAACUAGUUCAAUAGACCCAGCUUGGGAUGUUGUGGUCUGGAGUCAAUACAUGAACCGGGUCCCGGAGUGGCUUUCGACCAAAAGCUCUAUCUGGAGCUGUUACCACUAUCUCAUCAACUUGGCGCAAGCUAUUCCCAACUCGCCACUAUUCCACGGCAUCCUCAGCUGGACAUAUGCAUAUCUCUUUCGUUUGGGACUUUACUCAGAAUCCUCCCGAGUAACUCAUUACACCACUGCAUCGCAAUUCGUUCAAAUACUAUCCGAUGAGCUCAGUGACCGGCCUUCAGCCACAUCUCCAGCUUCCUUUCCGAUUCAUUCCUCCGAGAAACUCUCUCAGUAUAUUUCGACCACAUUCUUCCUAUGUCAUCACGAUCUCAUCGUGGGCGAUUUCAGUUCAUUUAUCACGCGAAUAAAUGAAACUAAGGUCACAUUCCGCCGGCACUGGAAAUAUAAUACUAUGCCUGGGAUAAUUGAGUCUCGGAUCGUUAUCUGGCUUGCUUUUAUGGAGCUACGCUUCCUGUUUCUGGGCGGGAGUGUCGACUCUGCCGACCAUGAGCAGCAAGACUUGAUGGGGCUGUUGGUUGAAUUGAACGCCCUUUCAACUCUACGGGGACCUCGGAAGCAGCAGUCAUAUCUCCGGGAAUGUUUUGGAAACGGACUUCCCAAGGAAGAAAAUGACCAGGAACUGGGAAAGGAACGGUGUCGCGAAAAGUUCGAUGUGAUUUUCUCCUACUUCAGUAAACUUCGAUCUUUUGAGGUUUGGGAAAGUGAGAAACAGCCAUCCAGUAGUAAUGCCGAGCCCUUGCUGAAGGAGCUGCGAGAGGCGAAAAUCGAUGCUUUACGUGCUGAUCUAGCGAGGAUCCAUGCAGAGUGUGAACUUGCGUUUCCUUCGCAUAUGUUGGGCUCAAAUUGGACCCAAAAUGUUGACACAAGCACUUUUCACAUCAUGACAGUCCGCGCACUUUGCCUGUGCUCUACAAUAAUGCUAAACCGAGUCAUCAACCCACACGUUCGGACAGAUCCAGAUGCCCAAGCCGCGGCUCGAGAGCUUGUCCGUCUCUGCAGGGUUUUCCGCAAAUCCAAGUCCCUUGAAUCCCCUCGCUCGGUCAUUUGGCCCCUCCCCUUAUUUAUCGCUGGAAUCGAAAUUGAUGAUGAGGUCUAUCAAGACUGGAUUCUUGAUUAUAUGAAAGAUCUCAAUCAAUGGGGUCUCCAUGUGGUCAAAAGCAGAGAGUUACUGGAACAGAUUAUCCAAUGGCAGGAUAGCAAUGGUAGCAGGGCAAGUAUGAAAGAUCUUUUUUGA